AAUAAAUAAGCAGACACUCCUAUCACUUCGUUUGGUUAAAAAAUCCACGAUGGUUCUUUCUAUGGACAGAUGGAUAGGCAAAGUAGCUGUUGUUACAGGUGCAAGUUCUGGAAUAGGGGCAGCAAUUGCGGAACUUUUGGUUGAGAAAGGACUUUUGGUAGUGGGCGCUGCUAGAAGAAAAGAUAGAUUGGACGCUUUAGCACAAAAACUUCAAGGUAAAAAGGGCAAAUUGUACGCAGUAAAAGCAGACCUUUCCAAAGAAGAAGACAUAAAAGAAAUUUUCAAAUGGACUUCAGCAAAUGUUGGUCCUGUAGCUAUUCUAGUAAAUAAUGCUGGUUGCCACAUGAAAACAGGUCUAAUAGGUGGCGAUACAGAAGCAUGGAAAACCACUAUCAAUGUUAACCUUUUAGCAUUGUGUAUAGCAACAAGAGAGGCAAUUGAUAUUAUGAAAAAGAAUAAUAUCGAUGGUUAUAUUAUUCAUAUUAAUAGCGUUUUCGGUCAUAACGUACUUAAUAUUCCUUACGUAGAUGUAUAUCCAGCCACCAAAUUUGGAGUAACUGCCUUGACGGAAACCCUAAGACAUGAACUAAAUGCACUCAAAUCCAAAAUAAGAAUCACGAGUAUAAGUCCUGGUGUAGUUGACACAGAAAUAAUAGCCGAUUUUAAAGCAUCAGAACAUUUCGCCCUUAUUAAAGAUGCAAUGUUAAAAUCUGAAGAUAUAGCUGAUUCAGUUUUAUACGUCCUUUCCACACCACAACAUGUACAGGUCGCAAUGGUACUAUCUAUGAACCGGUGGGUGGGAAAAGUAGCUGUAGUGACAGGUGCGAGUUCAGGAAUCGGCGCAGCAGUGGCCAAACAGUUGGUGAAAGAAGGUUUGCUGGUAAGUUACGUGCUUAUAUUGUCCUGGCUACAUUAUGUGUGCCAAACUACAUAUCGUCGGUUAAGAGUUUUAACCUGCCAACUCCAAAAUGGUAAAGUUUUCCGGAGACAAAAACAACUUCUUAGUUUUUCCAAAAGUAAUGUUGACGAAAUUUUUUUAUCACGACUAUUUAUUGACUAUAGUAUAGGAAUUAUUGAACUAUAUUUCUAUAAAUAUUGUUUAUACAUUCAGUUUACGGAACUAAAAAAUGGAGUUGGCUGA